UAUGUAUCUUUGUAAGCCUAUAAAUACAUCACCAACCCAUCUUUCCGUUCACAGUCUCACAAAGUCAUAUUAUCUUUGUAAUCCUUACCCUAUUCUUCUUAUUCUUUGAUUUAUUUAUUUUUUGAUAUUAUUAUUCUUAGAGAGAUAUAAUGGAGAUUGAUUUGACACCCAGAUCAUCAAAGUCUGUUUAUGGAAGUGAUGGUGGAUCAUAUUUCUCAUGGUCGCCAUCUGAUCUUCCGAUGCUUAAAGAAGGUAACAUUGGUGCUUCCAAGAUUGCUCUUCAGAAGAAUGGUUUAGCUAUGCCUAGCUACUCUGAUUCUGCCAAGGUUGCUUACGUUCUUCAAGGAAGUGGUACUGCUGGUAUCAUCCUUUAUGAAUCUGAAAAGGAGAAGGUGAUUGCAGUCAAAGAGGGUGAUGCAAUUGCCCUACCCUUUGGAGUUGUCACAUGGUGGUUCAACAAAGAGGAUACUGAACUUGUUGUUCUCUUCAUGGGCGAUACCUCAAAGGGUCACAAAGCUGGUGAGUUCACCGAAUUCGCUCUAACCGGUGCUAAUGGUAUUUUCACUGGAUUUACUCCUGAAUUUGUUGGUCGAGCUUGGGAUUUGGAAGAAGACAAGGUUAAGGAGCUUGUUGGGAGCCAGAAGAGCAGCGGAAUUAUUAAGGUGAAAGAUGGUUUCCAGAUGCCUGAGCCUAGCGAGGCAGAUAGAGAAGGCAUGGCGUUGAACUGCUUGGAAGCACCUUUAGAUGUUGAUAUUAAGAACGGCGGCCGUGUCGUUGUCUUGAAUACCAAGAACUUGCCUUUGGUUGAACAGGUUGGACUGGGUGCUGAUCUCGUCAGGAUCGAUGCAGGAUCAAUGUGCUCCCCAGGAUUCUCUUGUGAUUCAGCUUACCAGGUGACAUACAUUGUUAGGGGAAGUGGUCGUGCUCAGAUUGUUGGUGUUGAUGGCAAGCGUAAACUUGAAUUAAGAGUCAAGGCUGGUGAUUUGUUCAUCGUUCCUAGGUUUUUCGUUGUCUCGAAGAUUGCUGAUGGGGAGGGCAUGGAUUGGUUUUCCAUCAUUACUACUCCAAACCCGAUCUUCUGCCACUUGGCAGGAAGGACAUCAGUCUGGAAGGCAUUGAACCCACAGGUUCUCGAGGCGUCUUUCAAUGUUUCACCUGAGGCUGAGAAGCAUUUCCGUUCCAAGAGGCUUAAUGCUGAAAUCUUCUUCCCUGCACCCUAAGAAGUCCGACUCUUCAUUCUUAGAUAUGAAGAAACAUUACAGUAUCGCUAAUGAUUCCUUCUUCAGUUUUUUUUAGUGUUUAUAUUUGAGUUUAAGUUUAAUUUUUAUCAGGUUUCUGUAGAUGUUUCUCCUUUCCCUUUGAAAGUUUAUUGGUUUGAGUA